UUAUCUCCCCUCUUCUCUGAACUCCCCUGUUUUCCAUAAACAACAGCCAUGGUUGCCAUCACCAAUCUCCCCGCCGUCGAGCAACUCCCCAUUACGAAGCUCCACCGCCCCAUCGCCGGACACUUUGAAGUCUGCAUCCCGGUCGUCGACCUCAGCUCUCCCGCUGCCGCGGCUCAGCUCGUCGCCGCUUGCGAGGAGUUCGGCUUCUUCAAGCUCAUCAACCAUAACAUCUCCUCUGAACUCAUGGAUAAACUCGACGCGGAGGCAGUGAAGUUCUUUUCCCUUCCGAUUUGGAAGAAAGUCGCCGCCGGGGGCGGCGCCGCCGCCGCUCCUUUCGGCUACGGUAGCCGGAAGAUUGGCGCGUUGGGAGAUGUUGGGUGGAUUGAGUAUCUGCUGCUGCAAGCCAGUUCUGUUGACCCCUCUCUCUCUAGCUCUUUUCGCUCUGCUUUAAACGACUACAUAUCAACUAUAAAAAACCUAUCUUGCGAGCUGCUGGAGCUCAUGGCGGAAGGCCUGCGUCUCCAGCCGAAGAAUAUCUUAAGCAAGCUUUUAAUGGAUGAAGAAAGCGAUCUAAUCCUCCGGCUGAACCACUACCCGCCAUGCCCAUCCUCUCAACAGCUCAACAUCUCCGUCACCGGUUUCGGCGAGCACACAGAUCCACAGGUAAUCUCCGUUCUCCGAUCAAACAACACCUCCGGGCUUCAGAUUCUGCACAGAGAUGGGAGAUGGGUCCCCGUUCCUCCCGACCAAACCUCCUUUUUCGUCAAUGUCGGGGAUUCUUUACAGGUGCUUACGAAUGGGAGGUUCAGGAGUGUUAAGCAUAGAGUUUUGGCGAAUAGUUUACAGUCGCGGCUGGGCGGUGAUUUUUUUGGGGGCCCGCCGUUGAAGGAGAGAGUAGCUCCUUUGCCGCUGUUAAUGGAGGAAGGGGAAGAGAGUCUGUAUAGAGAGUUUACUUGGUGUGAGUAUAAGACGACAGCGUACAAGACGAAGCUUGUUGAUGAUAGACUCGUACUUUUUGAGAAGCGUUGACUUGUUUCUCUGUGGUUCUGUUCUUCAACAAUGGGAAAAAGAUCCUUUUUUUUUUUUU